ACAGACAGAGAGAGAAACCACAGCCAUUAAAGAGAGACAGAAACAGCAAUGAUCUAUGGAGGCUAUGUCACAACCGUUUUAGUGCUUAGGCACUGCCUGGCUGUAUCCUGAACCUUUGUUGUCAGGGAUACCUCUCCAUAGAAACACUCUCCCAAAGGUAAUGGGAGGGCUUUGAAAGAGAAGAGACCCUCACCUUUAUGACAAAAAAGGAGAUGAUGAAGAGGGAGAGGCUGUAAAACAGAGGAAAAGAUACCUGUGGUGGAGAAAGUGAACUCAAAGUCUGCAGAGGAAAAGAAGGAAAAGUUGGGUGAAGCCAAAGUGAACUCCUCAGGAUGGGCUAUGAUCUGGAGAGGUUUGUUGGCUAUGUGAAUGAAGGUUUGCUAUGCUGUGUAUGUCGAGAUGUGUUGGAGCGCCCCCUGCAGGCACCCUGUGAACAUGCCUACUGCAGCUCCUGCAUCAGCAGCUGGCUGCUCCAUCACCAGUCCUGUCCCGAGGACAGACUGCCGCUGGAUGUGAGCACUCUCAAACCACUAUACAGGUACAUGCGUAAUGACCUGAACCGUUUGCAGAUCCGUUGUGUGAAUGCAGGGCAUGGAUGUGAGGUGGUUUGCUCAUUGGAGAGUCUGCACACACAUGAAGAUGAGUGUGAGUUUGCCUUCAUAUCCUGCUCUAAUUCAGGCUGCCCUGUGCAGGUAGAGAGGCGGGGUUUGGAGGCUCACCUGUCAGAAUGUAACUUCCGCAGCAGAGAGUGUCCCAAUGGCUGCGGUCACACUCUCCACUCUAUCGAACAAUCACAGCAUAAUUGUGUAGCUGAGCUGCGUACAGAGGUGGAGAUGCUGAGGGCAGAGAUGCUGUGUAAGGUGGAGGAGGUGAGACGAGAGAUGGAGUCUCGUUUGGACUCACAGAGGAGACACAUGGUGCAGAAAGAGUCACAGCUGAAGAAUGAGGUGGAAGAGCUCAAGAGUCAGUUAUCACGUGUGAUGUGCGACAUGCGCACCCUGUUAGGAGCAGAACGUCUGAGGAGACAGGAGCUUGCAGAAGCUGAGCUGGAGAAGAGGGAACUGUUGGAGCUCCUCAGAGACCUGCAGCCCACCGGGAGUCAGCGUCUUCCUGAACAGCCAGACAGGGACCAGCUUCAGAGAGACCAGCAGACAUCCUGCUGGGAACUGCACACCGAGCCAACAUCACUCCAGCAGAGAGAGGCUUCUUUUCACGCCUCCAGCUUGUCACUGCAUUCAGCUCAGGGUACUCAUGCUGGGGGUCCACCUCCAUCACCUCUGCUAAGAGAGGGAGUGUGCAAGGGAAGCACUCGGAGUCUGACUCUGGACUGCAUCAAAAGGAAGAGCCGGGAGGUGACAGUCAUCUAAAUACACAGGAGCUGAUGAUUAACCUGUCUAUAAAAAAGUGAAGUUAUUCUUUUUGUGUUUAGCAAAUUAUUUGGAAAAGGGUUUAGAAAUUCAAAAAUGCUCUUUGUAUAUCCAGCUUAGUCAUUUUUAGAAAAACAUAUUGACCAACUAUCAAUGAAAAGAGAAAAAUGUAAUUUUGUGAGACUUCAAAUGAAUCUAUGAAAAACAGGUUGUGAAAGAAAACAACCAUUUUGUUGUGCUACCUCUACUCAUGAAUUAUUUCCUCAAGAAUCACUGGUAAAACCUCAUUGGAUUUAUUUUUAUAUUGUUUUCUUGAACUUAUGAUCAGGUUACUUCUAUUAUUUCAUAACUAUGCCACCUUUGAGGUUUUUGUUUUACAUAGAAAAUAUCUGAAGUUUCUGGAAAAAAAUGGCAUCAGUUUAAAUAUUCUUUGACUCACAAAUUGGAAGUUUUAUUAUAGUUAUUAGAUUAAAGAAUACUAAAGUAAAAAAGCAAACCAAAAUUCCUGAAGGAUGACUGGGUUUUAUUACAAGUUAUACAAUUAUUUUUGAA